AUACAUCACUCGUGCUCAUUCGUCGUUGGAGCUUCAUUUGCUCGUCCCUAUACCAUUCGCAACACGCUCAAGUUGAAACAUCGAUCUGAUCUGUCACCAAUGUCUCGUGGGCCAUCUCUGGAGGGAAGAGGGUCUCACGCGAGACAUUGACGCCCCGGUGUAACACGGCAGAACGACACCUACAACCUUUGUCGAUAUGCCUCUGAAGAAUAGUAGCGGAGCCGGCAGUCGCGCGAGCAGAACAUCUUCGCCUGAAUUACGCAAAGACGGUCGUGAGAAAGUCGAAUCACCCCACGUUCGAGUACGAAAAGCCUCAGUGCCACAUGAGAAGCAGCAUACGAGCAAUGAUGCACAACAUCUAGAGCGACACGGUCUCGGCAAUACAAGGGAACUCGAGCGUGGCGGUGAGCCAGGAGAGGACUAUGAGAUCUCACAAGAUCCAUUCUUUCAGAGAUAUAAUAUCUCCGGCGAUGCCCCCGAUCGCCAACAUUCACCUGCGCUUUCGCGCAACUCUUCCUCCGAUGCUGAGGGCUCCCUCUCUCCAACCCAUCUGAAACCUCCACGUCUAUCAAGUCCGCCUCGGACACCUGCGACUGGAACGGAGACCUCGAGAAUGCCAGAACUCAAUAUAUGUGUGCUGGGCGCACCGAGUGUAGGCAAGACAACGUUCACCAUGAGCCUCCUUGGACUUCGUACCCCACCUACUUCAGCAUUCAGUGCGCGAAAGAUGGCGAUAGAUGAGCAGGUAUAUUUAAUACAACUAGUGGAAUUACCUUUGGAGGACAUUCCCAAUCUUUCAGGAGAUGAUGGUAUAUGCUGGCCAGAUACGAUUGAUGAUAUGGCUACCCCACGGAUAGAUGCAGCGUGUGUUCUGUACGAUGUGAUGAAUCGGGAAAGCCUGGCGCCUAUACCUGAAACGCUCAAUGCCCUGAAUAAAGCUGCACUUCCCUUCGCACUUGUGGCUUGGAAGUGCGAUAAUCACCCUGCGAUGCGAAAAGUCGACCCGGUCGACGUGGUGGACAGGGCGAGGACCUUCAUGGGUGACAUCCAUACAUUUGAGGCCUCAGAGAAGACCAACGAAGUGCAUAAAGUAUGCCUAUCAUACAUUCUGCGGGCUAUAAUGUCUACUAGGGAGCAGCCAACAUUCUUGACAGCACGUCGCAGAGCAAAUUCGUCUGCAGUUCGACAUGGAGCGCACGGGCAACCUUGGGCAAAGAAGCACGAGCGCGCUAGUUCCGAAUACUCUGGAAUAAGAAUGAGGAUGCACACUCCCGAGCCUAUUGAGACAGGGUCAAGUAAAUUGGCGUCCAACUUAUAUAGAAGACAUCAAAGGACACAGACGGCUGAGACAACGCACCAAACGUUCUUAGAUCUGGAAGACUCGCCUGGAUACGAUUCUGCAGACACAGAGGGCGCGCAACACUCAGAUCAUGAAGGCAGCGUUGUCUCUGAGAUGCCCACGGACGAGACUGGCUAUACAUUUGACCAAUUAGUCACACGUUUACUUGCCUUGCCAAUGUCGAAGAAUGAUACCAAAUUUCAGGCCAUCUUCUUAGCUCUCUACCGCAAGUUUGCUACUCCAGGACAAUUGCUAGAUGCUAUCAUCGAGCGGUUUCAGGCGCUCGAAAAUGACAAGAAACCGCAAGUGCUGAAAACCAUCUCCCAAUUGCGUCAUCUCACGAUACUAGAACAGUGGAUUCGGAUAUAUCCUGGCGAUUUUGCGUACAUUUCAUCUCAGAGAAAGUGCAAACGGUUCAUCUCGCGACUAAUGGGAGUAAGAAUAUUCUCUAUAGCAGCACAAGAGAUGGCCACUGAUAUGGAGUCGGUGUCAGAAGAUGAUGACACCCAUUGGGCCUGCUGUGACAAGGCCAGGGAUCAACAAGAGGCUGUGAAGUCCUUCGCGCAUCCAAAUUCUGUGUUAGACGAAGACUCGGGGGAUGAGGAUUAUGCUCAUCUCACAGGUAGUGCAUCCAUGAAUGAUGCACGUUCGCUCGCAAGCGGUCCAAGAUCCUCCACUGUCUCAAUUCCUACUUCGGCCCAUAGCUGCCCCCAGUCUUUACUUAAUGGUGUUGAGAUGGCUCAAAGACAAGCGCGUGGGCUUACGCCUCUUCCCCGGAUGAGUCUAACCAAGGUUCAAUGGCACACCUUAAUCGGCAUCGAUGAAGAGCAUAUAGCUCGCGAGUUGACGAGGAUCGACUGGGUGAUGUUUCAAGCCAUUAGACCUCGAGAUCUUGUACGCAAUGUCACCCUCAAUGCCGAGCAAAAGAAGCAAUGCCGCAGCCUUGAGAACGUCAACCGCAUGACGGAGCAUUUCAACCACACUGCAGCCUGGGUAACUAAUUAUAUACUACUGCGGGACAAGCCAAAGCAUCGAGCGCUGAUGCUGGAGAAAUUCAUGAGGUUGGCAAGGAAAGUUCGAGAAAUGAACAAUUACAAUGCUCUCGGGGCCAUACUGGCGGGUAUCAAAGGAGCUCCUGUUCACAGGCUUGCUGCUACACGAGAACUCAUACCCCCUCUCGUCUCAAAAGAUUUCAUGAAAUUGGACAUACUCAUGAAUCCACAAAGGUCUCACUUUGCCUACCGGUUGGCGUGGGACAAUUCAUCUGGCGAGCGUAUUCCGUAUCUUCCACUGCACCGGCGCGAUCUCGUGUCUGCUGCCGAAGGUAAUUCUACCUUUAUCGGCGAGCGCAAGUCGGACGCCACACUCUCUGUCGUACAUCCCGGUACAGCAGUCUUUACUGGUCGUGGGGAUGUACGAGAGGCACCUCCGACUGGGGUUCAAGGCAAGGAAAGGAUUAAUUGGAAGAAGUUCGAGAUUAUGGGAGAAGUGAUCGUAAGCAUGCAACGGGCGCAGGGCACUCCGUACCCGUCCACAACUAGAAACGAUGAGGUACGGAGUCUGUUUCUAGAGGUCAAACUGACCAAAAGUGAUGACGAACUCUACGAGCGCAGCGUGGCUCUGGAGGCCACAGCUUCAGCGAAUCAACAAAGAUUUAAUUGGUUCAAACGAUGAUGACCAUAAUGAUAAUGACGAGACGUUCCGCAUCUUGGCAGUGAUGCUGCACUGCAUAAAGCUGGUGGAGUCGAGAUUCUUGUAUACGCUCAGUAUUCUGGAGUAGCAUUGAUACCCAAUACUUUUUUUUAGCUACUCCAGCUCAAUAUGUACUAAUCACUCGUCAAAUAUAUAUGGUACAGCAGAACCGCUUUGAGCAUCGUCAGUGUACUUGGCCGGUUCGAGACAGCAUGCAAGCAAAUUUUACUGUUAUGAUGGGUUCAUAAGUAGCCUUGUGCUAGAGGUACGCGCCACAUAAUGCCAC